GAUCAACAACAUACACUUCUUUCAGCACUGAACCAACUUGACAGCAAGACUCGUAGCAGGACUUCUCAUGUCAAAGAUGUUCUUCCAUCUGAUUUAUGUGGCAUUGCUGUGGUGUUGCCUCCCCACAUCGACAGCUAGCGUUGCUUACCCCAAAACUCUGCCGUGUGAUGUCAGUGAGGCCAACAACGGGAGCACGGUGACGGUUGACUGCACUGAGAGGAGCCUCAAAGAUAUUCCCCCUGGCAUCCCCAGAGACACCACCAACCUGACACUCACCAUCAACCACAUUCCUAAAUUAAACUCCACCUCCUUUCGUGGUCUGGAGAACCUGACUGAGAUCGACAUGAGGUGCAACUGUGUGCCAAUUAAAAUUGGGCCCAAGGACCGCAUGUGUACUGAGAGUGUGGUUAUAGAGGAAAACACCUUUACCAGCCUGAGGAAUCUGCGAGCAUUGUAUCUGGAUGGCAAUCAGCUCUCCAGUAUACCUAAAGGCCUGCCUUCAAACCUGAUCCUGCUGAGUUUGGAAGUGAAUCACAUUUAUAAUAUUUCCAAAGCAAACCUCUCUGACAUCAGAAAUAUUGAGAUGCUCUAUCUCAGUCAGAACUGCUAUUACCGUAACCCAUGUAAUAAUUCCUAUGCUAUAGAGGACGAUGCAUUUUUACAGCUUAGCAACUUAACAUUGUUGUGUCUAAAGUCAAACAACUUAUCCUUUAUUCCACAUCAACUCCCCACAAGUCUGAAGGAGUUGUACCUCUACAAUAACAACAUUCAAAAUGUCACUGAUGACGAUUUCAAAAACUUGACAAACCUCGAGAUUCUAGAUAUAAGUGGGAACUGUCCUCGAUGCUACAAUGCUCCUUUCCCAUGCACCCCGUGUCCAAAUGACUCCCCACUUAAAAUCAGCAAGGAUGCUUUUAAAAUGUUGACAAAACUAAAGACGCUCCGCCUACAUAGUAACUCUCUGACAUGCGUGUCAUCUGAGUGGUUUGCCAGCAUGAAAGACCUGAGGGUGCUUGAUCUCUCAUCUAACUUUUUAGCAAAAGACAUUGUAGACACACGCUUCCCACAAUUCCUGGACAAAUUGGAAGAACUGGACCUUUCGUUUAACUAUGAGCUUCAGAAGUACCCUAAAACACUGAGGCUAAGCUGCUCUUUCUCCGCCCUCAAAUCCCUUCGAAUUCUCAGACUGAAGGGAUAUGUGUUUCAGCAGCUAAAGCCAGAGAGCAUUGCUCCUUUAAAGCAUCUCACAAAGUUGGAGGUCAUAGAUCUGGGUACAAACUUUAUUAAAAUGGCCAACCUCAGUAUUCUGAUGGAACUGAAAAGCUUUAAAAUAAUCAACCUGUCUGACAACAGAAUAUCAUCCCCCUCUGACGGCCAAGACGCUGUUGGUUUCUCUGGGGGAGAGACCUUGGACUGGUCUCCCAUGUCAGCUGGAGCUCAGUACGGAAAUAAGGAAGUGAGAGAAAUUCAUUACUUCAGAUAUGAUGAAUAUGCACGCAGCUGCAAAUACAAAGAUAAAGAACUUGGAACUGUUGCAUCCUUCGUCAACAAGAAAUGUAGUAAGUUCGGCAAAACCCUGGAUGUGAGCAGAAACAACAUAUUCUUCUUGCAUUCCAGAUUUUUAAAUCUUGAAGAGCUGAGAUGCCUGAAUCUGUCAGGGAAUGCAAUGAGCCAAAGUCUGAACGGCUCUGAAUUUUCCUAUCUGACUAACUUACAAUAUCUAGACUUUUCCUGGAAUCGCCUGGACCUGCUCUACUGCACUGCAUUUCAAGAGCUGAAAAAUCUAGUUGUCUUGGAUAUAAGUUACAACAACCAUUACUUUGAGUCAGAGGGCUUGACUCACAUGCUUAACUUCACUAGAAACUUGAAAAAGCUCAAGAUAUUGCGCAUGAACCACAACAAGAUCUCUACUUCCACUAACACAGAGCUGGAGAGUGAAUCUCUGGAGAGGUUGGAGUUCAGAGACAACCGGUUAGACAUGUUGUGGAGAGACGGGGACAUCAGGUAUGCCAAUUAUUUCAAGAACUUAACUAAUCUGACUGUUCUCGACAUCUCUCAUAACAAUCUCAAUUUUAUCCCACCUGAAGUGUUCAGCGGUCUGCCGGACAAACUGUCUGAGCUCUACAUCAAAAAUAACAAACUAAGAGAUAAAUCCUUUGAAUGGGGAAAACUACAACUUCUACAAUCUUUGGAAGUCUUAGAUCUCAGUGGCAAUAGCAUAACUACUGUUCCAUCCAUGCUGUCAGCAAGCUGUCCUAAAUCUCUCAAGAAGCUCCAUUUACAAAGAAACCAGAUUGUGGCACUCACGCCAGAUUUCCUCAAAGGUGCCUACAACUUAAAAUAUCUGGAUCUUAGUUUUAAUCACAUACAGCACAUUGACAGAUCAAGCUUUCCAGAUGAUGUUGUGGAUCAGAUGGACAUGCUGCUUCUGCACAACAAUGCAUUCCUGUGCACAUGCAAUGCCACUUGGUUCAUCACAUGGCUCAACAGGACCACAGUAACCAUCCCCAAACUGGCCACGGAUGUUACUUGUGCAAGUCCAGAGGCGCAAAAAGGUCAUCCCGUGAUCUCAGUGGACCUCUUGGCCUGCCAGCACAGCUACCUGUCAAUCAUCCUCUACACCCUCAUGACUUCCCUCGUCCUCAGCUUCCUCACCCUGUCAAUCUCCAGCCAUCUCUUCCUUUGGGACGUCUGGUACAUUUACCACUUCUGCAGGGCAAAGCUCAAGGGUUACGGCCGCUUGUACUCCCAAAGCUGCGCCUAUGAUGCCUUUGUGAUAUACGACAAGGACGAUGCCGCAGUGUCAGAGUGGGUGAUGAAAGAAAUGUGCGCUCAUCUGGAGGACCAUGGGGACCGUCGCCUGACGCUGUGUCUGGAGGAACGGGACUGGAUCCCGGGAUGCCCCUUGAUUGACAACCUUUCCAAGAGCAUCCACAACAGCAAGAGGACCGUGUUCAUUCUCACCAACAAAUAUAUCAAGAGUGGCAAUUUUAAGACAGCUUUCUACAUUGCCCACCAAAGGCUAAUGGAUGAAAAAAAUGACGUUAUCGUGCUGAUCUUCCUGGAGAAAGUACCUUGCAAUUCAAAGUAUCUGAGAUUAAGGAAGAGACUGUAUAAGCGCUCUGUGCUGGAUUGGCCAACAAACCCCCAAGCCCAGUUGUAUUUCUGGUUCAGCCUGAGAGGUGUAUUAGCGACUGAAAGUCACAAGCAAUACAACAAUCUCUUCAAAGAGACACUGUAAAAACAAUAUACUGUCAAA